CUGGCUGGCGGCGGCAGGAUGGUGAAGCUGACGGCCGAGCUGAUUGAGCAGGCGGCGCAGUACACCAACGCUGUGCGCGACCGCGAGCUCGACCUGCGCGGGUACAAGAUCCCGGUGAUCGAGAACCUGGGCGCAACUCUGGACCAGUUCGACGCCAUCGACUUCUCGGACAACGAGAUCCGCAAGCUGGACGGGUUCCCGCUGCUCAAGAGGCUGAAGACGCUGCUCAUGAACAACAACCGCAUCUGUCGGAUUGGUGAAGGGCUCGAACAGGCCAUACCCAACCUUCAGGAGCUCGUUCUGACUAACAAUAACAUUGCAGAGCUGGGUGAGCUGGAUCCACUGACAACUGUUAAAUCACUGACUUACCUGAGCAUAUUGAGGAAUCCUGUGACAAAUAAGAAACAUUACAGACUGUAUAUAAUUCACAAGGUCCCGCAAGUCAGAGUGUUGGAUUUCCAAAAAGUAAAGCUAAAAGAGCGUCAGGAGGCAGAGAAAAUGUUCAAGGGCAAACGGGGUGCACAACUUGCAAAGGAUAUUGCCAGGAGAACAAAAACUUUCAAUCCAGGUGCUGGUUUGCCAACUGACAAAAAGAAAGCUGGGCCGUCCCCAGGAGACGUUGAGGCAAUUAAGAAUGCCAUCGCCAAUGCUACAACUCUGGCUGAAGUGGAGAGACUUAAGGGUUUGUUGCAGUCGGGUCAGAUACCCGGGAGAGAGCGAAAAGCAGGCCCCUCAGAGGAGGUGGAAGAAGAGAUGGAAGAGGAUGCCAUUCCUAACGGAUCUUAAAUUGCAUCCUCGGGUGCUCCAAACCACGUCGAACGGAUUGGUGUCUAGAGAAAGAUGUUCAUUUUACCAUAGCAAGUUAAUAUCCGCUCUUCUUUCGGGGUCAGUCAGUGGUUUUUCCGUUGCUUCGGAAGCACAGUCGUGCGUGAAAUUGCCAUUGUAAAUUUUGUACUGUACAUUUGGAAGCCCAAUAAAUCGCCAUUUGUUUUUUC